GAGCACUCAAUGGAGAACAGAUUAGAGAACCGAAUUUCACCUACGCCGUCGGUCAUACCUAUUAAUGGUUCAUUGAACGCAGCACAGGCUGUAAAUGACGAGGAGCUAAAAGAAAGCAACGAAAUUAAGGAUGGUGUUUUAACAGAAGAGAUGGUUUCAGAAGGUCUAUCCCAUUUUGGAAGAGAUGUGACUGGGCAGCAGCAUGUUCCAUGCAGCCUAUCCCUACCUAGUCUUGAUCUCAGAGACAUAUCUGUGUUAUGCAACUAUGUCCAUCUUCAAAAGUUAGAGCUGCCACACAACAGCAUAAAAGAUAUAUCCUGUUUGACCUACAUGCCCCACCUUGUCAUCUUGGAUGUGUCUUACAAUGAAAUCUCCAACUUCUUUGAAUUCCAGCCCCUCCGGUACCUGCAGGUGGCCAAUUUCUCCCAUAACCACAUCACAGACAUUAAGGAUCUGGCAGGUUUUUUGUGCCUACGUAAGCUGAAUCUCGACUACAACUGCCUCUCUGAAAUCAGUGGUAUUGAACAAUGUGUGAUGCUCACCCAUCUCAGCCUGGCUUUCAACAAAAUCAAAAAAAUCAGCAGCCUGGGCAGGCUGCCUCUCACACAUCUCUGCCUGAGGGGAAACCAGCUCAGGGCUGUUGACGGAUUGGAGAACUUAGAUAAGCUGCAGGUUCUUGAUUUGUCUAUGAAUAAAAUCACCAGGCUUUCAGGCCUCCAGAACCUCAGCUGUCUGAGCUCCAUCAACCUGGAGAAAAACAAGAUUUUUAACAUUUCAGAUUUAAAACAUGUCAUUGGUCUGCCACUGCUGACGAAUAUCAACCUGCUGGACAACCCUGUGCAGGAGCAGCCUGACUUCAGACUGAGAGUCAUCUCCCUCCAGCAGCAAUUGACAAUAUUAGACCAGGAGCCAGUCAGUGUCAAAGAAAAGGUGUCUUCAGUGAACAUGUUUGACCCUUCUAUGGAUGUAGUAGCAGCAGAAGAUCACAGGACGCACUUAGUUUAUCAGAUGGGACAGCCACAGGUCCUCUACUAUAGUAACUCACCUGCUUCAGAGUCCCCUGACCUAAUGCUGGUGCUGACGGGCCCUGAAGGAUGUGGUAAAGAAGUGCUGGUUCGCAGACUCUGUCAGGAGUUUGGUGAAUACUUUGGUGUUGGAAUCUGUCACACUACACGGAAACCCUACAUUGGAGAGGAGAAUGGGAUUGACUACCAUUUUGUCAGUGAAGAGGACUUUCAGAGCUUGGUUCAUAUGGGUAAGUUUAUCCAAACUAUGCAGUAUAACGGUCAUAUGUUUGGCCUCACAAGAGAAGCUAUUGAGGAAGUAGUGGAAGAUGGACUGGUUUGCUGUGUACACAUGGAGCUGGAGGGUGUUUUAAGUCUAAAGAAGACCUACUUUGAGCCUCGAUACAUCCUGCUCAUACCCACCCAGAUGGAGAAAUUCAUAAGCCACUUGAAAAGCCUCAAACUCCACCCCCCAGCACAGAUUGAUUUUGCAUUAAAACGUGUGGCUCUGUACAUAAACACCAGUGAACAACGUCCAGGAUUCUUCAAUAACAUCAUCCCAUGUGAUGAUUGGGAAGAAGCUUACCAGACCUUGCAGCAAGUGGUGAAGGACUACCUGUUAGCUGAAAAGGAAGAGGAGGAAGGAAAGACCAACAGUGGAUUCUUCUCUGUCAGCAGCAGUACAG